CCUGCAGAGAGGCAGAGAGAGAGAGAGAGAUAGAAGGCUGAGAACAUCCGCUGGAGGAGCAGACAAACGGACUGCGGGAAGAGUGUGGCCGGCUGCAGGCACAGCUCCAGAACACGCUGCUAAAAUGGGAGUCGAAAUCGAGACUAUAACCCCGGGCGACGGAAGGACUUUCCCCAAAAAAGGACAGACGUGUGUGGUGCAUUAUGUUGGCUCCCUGACGGACGGACGGAAGUUUGACUCAUCUCGUGACAGGGACAAGCCUUUCAGGUUCAAGAUCGGCAAGCAGGAAGUGAUCCGAGGCUGGGAAGAGGGCGUAGUGCAGAUGAGUGUUGGUCAAAGGGCCAAGCUGACCUGCUCACCUGACUACGCUUAUGGAAACAAAGGCCACCCAGGCAUCAUUCCUCCUAACGCCACCCUCAUCUUUGACGUGGAACUGCUGGGUUUGGAAUGAAACUAAUUCACGGCUUAUUUGUUUGUGUGACUUCCUACUGGGGCGACCCAGAGAAAAGCUAGGAGAGUCUGCACUUGGCUUGAGUCUAUAGUUCCACUACUUAUUUCAUUGAGCUACGACAGUUUGUGUUAUUUUGUCUCUGUGACUGAGUGAAUUAUAUUUUUUCCAUCAUACUCUUCCUCCCAAAAACUAUGGGCCAUAACCUUACAAACCUCCAUGUUCUUAAUCUUGAAUUAUUUUUGAAUUGCUCUUUACUUUGUGUUUUUGAAGUGUUGGUUGUGCAUGGUUACGCUGAGAUAAUACCAAUGAACCACUAGCAGCGACACUCAUCUUAUGAGUCAAUGCGUACUAGUAUUUCAGUGUCUGAGAGCUGGUGCUUGUUAUAUUACAGAAGAAAAAAAAAGUAUAGAAAAGGGAAUGAAAAGCACACAUUUAUAUUCCUGUCCAGCUUAAAAUCAGAACAAAUGAAAUAAGUUUAGAGACAUAAGACCUAGCAUUGAAUUUAGCGGCUACCUGUAAUGGGAGCCCUUAGUGGUGCAACCGACACUGAGUUUACUAUAUAAAAUGCCUAUUCUCUAUAAUACCACUGUGUUUUCUUUUUAAUUGAAAUUGUUCACCAUGUGUGAGCUGGGGAGGGGUAAUUGGCUCAAAGGAGAACCAAUCACGGUCAUAGAUAGUUCUAAUGUGUGCCUAAAUAUUCUCACCAGACACAUGGUUACUACCUUACCCUGUCUGCAUGUUCUAGGUCUGAUGGAAACCCAAGUCUGUACAUGUUGAAAGCUUUGCAUCCGGUUUGCAUUAUUACUGCCUUGUUAUCUUGCCAAGUCUUUAAACCCCAUUUAAAGCCAUACACAGGUCGAACAGUGUUAAGACAGGAUUUGCGUUGACGCACAUCAAUUGGAUUGUUGUUUUUUCUUAGAAAAAUGGAAAAUGCUUGAAAUUUACAUAAGGGGGUUAAGGAAUCGAUCACAUUGUGACUUCCCCCAAACUUAUUUUGUGUAACAACUACAAUCGUGUAUUUUUCAGAUGCCAGCUUCCUAUCUCUGAGAAUCAAAUAAGCUAAUAUAUAACCUGUGAUGAUAGAUAAUGUUUUUCUUUCUUUCUUUUUUUCUUUUUUUUUUGCCUGUGUCAGUAAAAAAAAGACCACACUGCCUGUUUUGUGGUAGAAGAAAAAGUGCUGACAUACAGACAUCCUUGUGGUUUUGUAUCUCAAAUAAAAAGUUUUAAAUGGAGUUUAAAUGAAGGAAUAUGCUGGCCUGGCUGUCAGAUAUUGACCGUGGCUAUCAAUGUUACAUAUUGGCCAAGCUGCAACUGGUGUGGCAGCAGUCCACUUCUGUACUGUGUAGUUAUUUGCAAAUAUGUGACUGUAUGCAGGCUAAACCAAUGAUGACGUAUUUAAAAUAAAAGAAAUGCUCUCCA